AUGAUUAGAAGGCGGAAAGGUCACAGAAAGUCCCGAGAGGGCUGUGUUCAAUGCAAGGAGAAACACGCCAAGUGCAAUGAGGUCCAUCCACGAUGCCUCCAAUGCGAGCGGGCCAAUGUCGUGUGCAGCUUCUCGUCUCCUAAUCUGACUAAGCCACCACUGAACGAAGACAGCAUAGCUGAUCUGGAGUUGCUGGAGCACUGGCACCGAUAUCCUGUGACAGGCGAUAUGACAGAGCCUACAAGGCAGCUGCAAUAUAACCUUGUUCGCUUAGGCUUCUCUCACCACUACUUACUGAAUAGUAUCCUGGGCCUCACCGCCCUUCAACUCUACAGUGAAGAUCGUUCUCAAUCUAAGUGGUACGUCAGAGCUGUUGCACACCAACAAGCUGCAAUCACUCGAGCUAGGCCGCAUUUCGAAUCCUUGAGUCAGGCGCACGAACAAGCUCUGUUGGGGUUUUCCGCCUUCACAUCAAUGUAUGCCGUAGCGGAACCAAUCUAUCGCCCUAGUAGCGUCCGCUCCGAAUCGUCAUUCGACCCAGUUGAGGAGCUGUUAAAGGCGCUUCGCUUUAGCAGGUCUACGUUGAUGUUUGUACAGCAGAGCUUUCCCCCAGUCGUCGUCUCAGGAUCAUGGCUUCUCACUAAGUUUGUUGCCAAUUACCAAGACACUCUGAAUGAUCUCGAAACAAGAUAUCCACAGCUUGCGUUUCUGCAGCGAUGCAUAGUUCGUCAGUUUGAAGGAGAUCAAAGGAAAGCAUGUCUCCAUGCCGCGGAAGCACUGUUCCGCCGUAUUUCAACGCUUUCGGAUAACCUCGACGACCCUGAGCCUGGUAAGAUAGUUUGGGGCUGGGGACUUGAGGUAAGCCAGACCUUUCUGGAUCUGUGCUCAGCUCGACAUCCUCUAGCACUUGUUAUUCUGGGUCACUUUACUGUUUUGAUGAGCUAUAAUCAGGAGCAUUGGUGUCUGAGCUCCUGGCCAAGCGGUUUGCUGAGCUACAUUAAUGGGGUUCUUGGAGAUGAGUGGGAAGAUGCUAUGAAAUGGCCGGGAAGUCUUGUCUUUUGGGGAAAUCUUGCCAUCAAUAAGCUUACUGCAUCUACUCAGACCAGCGGAAGAUAUUACGAGGUCUAA